AAACAUAAUUGGUAUAUACAGAUGAUUGUCCUACAGUCAGAAAACAAAAAUGUGCCGUAUAAGAACUCACGUUCAAGCAUGUCUGAUUAGGAAUCAACAUUAAAUCAGAUUGAGUUAAUAUGACUUGUUAUACUUGGAAUUACUACAUCCAGUAAGUUGUUGGCGUGAGAAUUUAUAACAACAUGACUUCCGUGUGCGCAUGCGCAGUGAUAGUUAUAUUACUGGCUUACUGUGAAGUUGCACAUGCGCGAUACAGUUCACGCUCGAGAUCACUGCCAGCAUGCUACAGCAACUUUAAUGACAACACAUGGACGGCAUCAGGUAUAUCAGCAUGCCAGAACCCACUAUACAAAAGCUGCGGGAGUUCCGCUCCAUAUCUGUGCUGUAGUCCUGACCAUUACUGCUGCCGCGAGGACACGCUGUAUCCGGUCUGUUGUAGAAAAGAGUGGAAUGAUUUUGAAAUUGCGAGCAUCGUAUGCGGAGCUAUCGCCUGGGUUGCCAUCAUCAUCGUGCUUGGAAUUUGUGGCGUAGGAAAUCUGAUUCUGAAGUUGAGAAGUGCAAAGGUUUUUCCAUAUAAUGGGAAGUCCGACAAUAUUCAGAUGAAAGAGGUGAAGAAAUGAUGAUGACAGAUAAUGUUCAGUAAUUUACAAACUGCUGCGACAUGGUCAAACAAAUGACCCGUGUCUAGGCUACAUUGACCCGUGUCUAGACUACAUUAAUGCAUUCGGUGAAUUGAAUUAUAAUUGUUGUGAUGUUGUUUUUAGAAUAAAUGAAUUAUUCUAGCUAUUGAUAAUAUUAGAAUAUUGGUUUUUCAUUUACCAUAAUAAUUUUUCGUUCUUAUAAUGGGCUCUGGUUUGAGAAUAUGCUGUGAGAGACUUGUGUACAUGUACUAUAUAUAUUAUAAACAUGCAUUUUUAAGUCUAACUAUGACAUUAUUUCGAUCUUAUGACUGAGGUGGACUUGUAAGAACGAGUUUGCAUACAUGCACAUAAAAUGUAAAUCGUUUAAGUUGUAGGUUAUAUUUUUUCAUUAGGAAUAUUUCAUUUGUAUUUCAAGCCAUGCAAAAACGCACCGAUACUUUUGCUAUCGUUGCUUCGUGGCUUAAUGUAAUUUAUUGCUUUAUUUAUUUGAUAUAUAUGUAUUUUUAUAGCUACAACUUAUACUUGUGUGAUGUUUAUCUGUUUACUUCGUCACCUGUAUGGCUAUCUGUGUAUGUUUGUGGUACGCCAAUAAACUGAAACUAAACUGAA